UGAAGUUGAUGGAUUUAGUCUCUUGCAUAUGGAGGAAAAAGAUGUCUUUGCAAUGCUGCCAACCAAAGUUGGGCCAGCGAGAAAAAUAACAGUUCUUGUCAAAGAAAUACAAAGUACAUGUAAAACUAAGGAAGACCAAAAAUUGUCCACUGAUGAAGAAACACCAAGGCAAAUCGUUAAUCAUGAAAUACCCUUAGAUGAACCAGGAACCUCCAAAACUUCGCAUUCAAAUCUUAAGGCAAAGAGUGAUUGUCAGGAACCACAACCAGUGGAGAUGUAUGUCCCAGCUUAUUCACCAGUGAUAGUCUCUCUGCUUGAUUCUGGAGAAAUCAUGAAAGAAUGGGACAAAUUCAUUGAGGAAACAGCCUAUCAUGUACUUUCUGUCGGCAAUUUUGAGUCUAGAGGACUAUAUGCAGACUUCGGACGGCUGAUGACUACUAAAUACCCAUGCAUCGGACAUAAGUCACUAAAAGAACCCUGGACCUUUUUCAAUCAGAAAUUAUCACAAAAGGUUAGAAAUAUUAGGUGGAGGUGGAAUGCAAGGAGCAAGGCCCCUCCUGUGACUGAUGCUAAAAAGAUGAAGAGAGUUCCAGCUACAGUGUUGGAUGAGGAUAUGAAUGUGGAUGAGGCUGAAAAGAAACUGUUGCAAGAAUUUAAGAAACCAGUGAAAUUGAUUGAUCGGGCAUUGGUGGCAAAAGCUCAACGAGCAACAUUUCAUGCAAGGAGAACCUUUAUAGAAAGGAAACACAACGGGAAUUGUGGGGACCUGAUCAAAAAGUAUCCUUUCUUGGGUAUUGUGGAGUUUAUUGAAAAAGAGUUCAAAAUGAUGAAACCAGACCUUCAGAACUAUGCAGAUCGUUGGCUUGAUGUUUUGCAGAAACUGGAUGAUUUAUUGGGGCGAUCUAGUGAUGAGGCAGACGACAGGGAAAACGAUAGAGAGGUUGACAUAUUAGACCUUCUUCAAAACCUUGAAGAAAAGAUUAAGUGCCAACAAAAGAAGGGGACCAAACAGCCUUUAAUUACUGUGUGUAAGAAAAACGACAUGUCACUGAAAACAAAGAGAGAUGAUCCACCAAGGUUGAUGGUUAUUCAAGAUGAGAGGAACAACAUCAUGAACUGUUUCAUAAUUGGAGGGGGAUUAGAGAUUUUAUGCUCUCCUGAUCUUAAGAAAGCUCUAACAGAGCUAUUGUUCUGCUAUUAUGCUUGGGACUUAUCGUACCCCAAAUAUUUUCAAAUUCUUGGUUUUGUACAAUUUUAUAUUUUAGGAGACAAAGAGAACAAAUUUGCGAAAAGUUUCAAUUAUCUCAAAUUUACAAAGGAAUUUGAUGACUGA